GCGACAGUAAAAUAGAUAUAAUUUGGGAGAGCGGAGGAGAAGGAAGCAGGCAGAGAUAUAUUAUGCAUUUGCAAAGAAAGGGGGUGGGAAAAGUACAUUAAAAGUACAGAGAACGUUUGCUUUGAUUGGGGAGAAGCCCCUGGGAAUGGUGUAUGAGUGGAAUUGAUAAAAUGGCAUUAGGCAGACACUCUUUGUGCUUGAGGAGGGAUUGUGGUGGGCAGGCAAGCAUUCAGUAAUGGCGUGCAGUGUUGUACCUGGAAGAUGAAUAUUUGGUUUUAUAUAAUGGCAUCAUCAGGUUCUACUCAAACUAGUGAUGAAUUUACCGAAGAAAAAGAAAAUACUGUACCGUUGCAGCUUAACCUUCAAGCAACACACAGAGGAAGCAAGGCAUCUGGGGAUGAGCUGACCAUUGCUCCAGAUGAGCACAGGGAAGCAGGGAGUGCUCCCAUGUAUACAGAGAUGGAGGAUCUAGACUCUGAAAUUGUAUUUGAGAAUGGUCAUUAUGCACUGGAAAAAAUGAGCUCUCCACCUCAAAGUGCAAGCAGUGACCCCAGCCAGACAAUACAGGAGCAGAAUAACAGGAGCAACAUCACUGCGCUUGUCAAUGGAGAAAGUUCCUGUGCCACAAGAUCAGAAUUGGGGGUGUCUGCACAAGAUGAAGCAUCCAACAAUGUCAGCAGCCCUUCAUUGGGGUCAGAAAUACCCUCAGAAGACAAUGAGGACACGCACUCCUUGCAGCCUUCUGCUCUGACCCCCGCUGCAGAAGGCCUUCCCUCUGGGUGGGAGCAGAGAGAACUGAGCAAUGGACGGGUUUACUACGUAGACCAUAACACCAAGAGCACUACGUGGGAGAGACCCUUACCCCUCGGCUGGGAGAAACGUGUGGAUAACAGAGGUCGGUUCUAUUAUGUUGACCACAAUACUCAAACAACCACAUGGCAGAGGCCCACAGCAGAGUAUGUCAGGAACUAUGAGCAAUGGCAGUCACAGAGGAAUCAGAUGCAAGGGGCCAUGCAACAGCUGAGCCAGCGUUUCCUAUAUCAGCCUUCAUCUGCUGCUCCUGACAAUGACCCGCUUGGAGCUCUACCCAACGGAUGGGAGAAGCGUCAGGAUAAUGGCCGGGUUUAUUACGUGAAUCACAAUACUCGAACCACGCAGUGGGAAGAUCCAAGGACUCAGGGCAUGAUUCAGGAACCAGCACUACCUCCGGGCUGGGAAAUGAAAUAUACAAGUGAAGGCAUACGCUAUUUUGUUGAUCAUAACAAGCAUGCUACAACUUUCAAAGACCCUCGUCCAGGUUUUGACUCAGGGGUCAAGCAGGGCGACUCACCUGGAGCAUAUGACCGAAGUUUCCGUUGGAAAUACCAUCAGUUCCGCUUCCUGUGCCAUUCAAAUGCUCUCCCAAGCCAUGUAAAGAUCAGUGUGUCCCGGCAGACGCUAUUUGAGGAUUCCUUCCAGCAGAUAAUGAAUAUGAAGCCAUAUGAUCUCCGAAGACGUCUCUACAUCAUAAUGCGUGGAGAGGAAGGUCUGGACUAUGGUGGAAUUGCCAGGGAGUGGUUCUUUCUGUUGUCACACGAGGUAUUGAACCCCAUGUACUGUCUGUUUGAAUACGCCGGCAAGAACAACUACUGUUUGCAGAUCAACCCUGCUUCAUCCAUUAACCCUGAUCACCUUACUUACUUCCGGUUCAUUGGUCGAUUUAUUGCUAUGGCUCUUUACCAUGGGAAGUUUAUUGACACAGGGUUUACCCUGCCAUUCUAUAAGAGGAUGUUAAACAAGAAACCAACCUUGCGGGACCUUGAAUCCAUCGAUCCGGAAUUUUACAACUCCAUUAUGUGGAUCAAGGAUAACAACCUUGAGGAAUGUGAUCUGGAGCUUUACUUUGUGCAGGACAUGGAGAUUCUGGGUGAAGUGACAUCUCAUAAGCUGAAGGAGGGAGGUGAAAACAUCCGUGUGACUGAAGAAAACAAAGAGGAAUUUAUUGGGCUGCUUACUGACUGGCGUUUCACUCGAGGAGUUGAGGAGCAGACCAAUGCUUUCCUAGAAGGCUUCAAAGAGGUUGUUCCCCUGGAGUGGCUCCGUUACUUUGAUGAGAAGGAACUUGAGCUAAUGCUAUGCGGUAUGCAAGAGAUUGAUAUUGCGGAUUGGCAGAAGAAUACAAUAUAUCGUCACUACACCAAAAACAGCAAGCUGGCUCAAUGGUUUUGGCAAGUGGUGAAAGAGAUGGACAAUGAAAAAAGGAUCCGGCUGCUGCAGUUUGUAACUGGAACAUGUCGCCUUCCAGUGGGUGGAUUUGUAGAGUUAAUAGGUAGCAACGGACCUCAGAAGUUUUGCAUUGACAGAGUUGGUAAAGAUACUUGGCUGCCUCGGAGUCACACAUGCUUUAAUCGUUUGGAUCUCCCUCCUUACAAGAGUUACGAGCAGCUUAAAGAGAAGUUGCUUUUUGCCAUUGAAGAGACAGAAGGAUUUGGCCAGGAGUGAUCAAAUUGCUCAUCUAAGAUGAAAGAAAUUGGGGGAAAAGAAGCCUACCUAAAUGGUUGCAUAAGUGCACCUUGAUGUGUAGUAUUUCAGACAGACAUUUCUGUAUAUUAUAGGUGUAUUAUGUCUGUUUAACCACUCGGAUCCCUUGGAAGCACAAUGCAUUUCAUUUAUUAGCAGCUCCUAAUGUUUCUGCAAAAUCAAAAGUUCCAUUAUAUUUGGAAUCACAAGGGACUCGUGAAUGUUGCGUUAUUUGGAUUUCGUUUGGAUUUUGGCCAAUGAAGGCAAUUCUCUUCCUCAGGCCUGUUCCUGACCUUUUGCUUAUAUGUCGAUAUUUUACUUGUGCCAAUUAGCUUCUGUUGUAUCCAGCACCAAUGCUUCCAUUUUGGCUUUCUCUACAGCUUAUGGUUACGUAUUGUUCUCCAUUUUGCCUGAGACUGCCAGUCUAGAUAUGAUCUGAGGACAUUUUAAUACUGGAUCAACCAAAUCCAAUCAGUGUAGCACAGUUCAGGGACAGCCUGAAAA